GAGUGUGCAGUCAGAACUCAGAUCAACUCCUCUACCGAAGCUGAACUCCAGCUUUCACCGAAAACAGAAACAAGGAAGAGUGUGACCGGAGCAGCGACUUGACAAGAGAUUAACUUCAUCGGAGGAGGUUCACAGGCUCAGGCUCUGAGACUAAAGGAAGACUUUGUCCACGAAGGCUUUGGAAGAAUCUGAAUUUAUAACUGAGAACUAGAAACGAUGUCUGCUGGAAUGAAGAAAACGAUCCUACUCCCUGUGCUGUGCAUCAUGUUCUCCUACAUGGCUGCAGGUCAGGAGUGCAGCGGUCAGUGUUCCUGCCCCUCCACCCUGCCUCAGUGUCCCCCGGGAGUGAGUCUAGUGCUGGAUGGCUGCAGCUGCUGCAGGGUGUGUGCCAAACAGAUGGGCGAGCUCUGCACUGAGAAAGACGUCUGUGACCCCCACAAGGGUCUCUACUGUGACUUUGGAGCCCCCACCAACAGACGCAUCGGAGUGUGCACAGCUCGGGAGGGAGCGACCUGCGUGUUUGGCGGUAUGGUGUACAAAAAUGGAGAGUCAUUCCAGAGCAGCUGCAAGUACCAGUGUACCUGUCUGGAUGGAGCUGUGGGCUGUGUCCCGCUUUGCUCCAUGGACAUCCGUCUGCCCAGCCCAGACUGCCCCAUGCCAAAACGUGUCAAGGUGCCCGGGAAGUGCUGCGAGGAGUGGAUAUGUGAAUCUCCCCAAAAGAACUCCUUCGCAGGCACUGCUUUGGCCGCAUACAGAGAGGAGGAGACUUAUGGUCCAGAUCCUAAUAUGAUGAGGGAGAACUGCCUGGUUCAGACUACUGAAUGGAGUGCCUGCUCCAAGACCUGUGGCCUUGGGAUAUCUACCAGGGUCACCAAUGACAAUCACGAGUGCAGGCUUGAAAAGCAAACCCGGCUGUGCAUGGUGAGACCAUGCGAGUCCCAGCUGGAGCAGAGCAUCAGGAAAGGGAAAAAGUGCAUCCGCACUCCCCGGGUCUCCAAGCCCAUGAAGUUUGAGAUCUCAGGCUGCACCACCACCAAGUCCUACAGGCCAAAGUUCUGCGGCGUCUGCCUGGACGGCCGCUGCUGCACCCCCCACAGGACCACCACCCUGCCCAUGGAGUUCAAGUGUCCCGAUGGGCAGGUGAUGAAGAAGCACAUGAUGUUCAUCAAGUCCUGCGCCUGCCACUACAACUGCCCUGGGGAGAACGACAUCUUCGAGGCUAUGUAUUACAAGAAGAUGAUCGGCGACAUGGCAUGAGCCGCCGAGGCACAGUCCAAGCCCAUGACUUGAAAAGAAACAGAACUCCAUCUCAGUUUGCAGCUCAGUAUAUUUGCCUUUUGAACAUGUCAUUUUUCCCAUUGUAAAAGUAGUCCAGAGACUCUGAAUGGCUCAAGCAUGUCAGCCAAAUAGACUCAGACAGAGGGCUGCACAGCAGCUCUAAAAGAUUUUAUGCACUAUAACUUUUUAUUUUUUAAAUGACAAACCUACUGUGUGGUUUCCGCCCAUUCCACAUUAUUUUUCUUGUUACAAAUCCAUCCAUUUUUCUUUAUGCAUAUUUAUAGCAUAUUUAAACGCUGACCUCCUCUCUAAAUGAGGUGUCUAAUUAGCCCCCCACCCCCUCCCUGAGUCCAAAAACCAGACCUGUAAACUCUCAGCAGCUGUAGAGGGAGCAUGCCGACCACAGCGAGCCAGUGUCCAAACAGGUCUGAAUGUGUCCUUGUGCGAGUGUAUGUGAGUGCAGGACUGAAUGUCGACCUUGUGUGUGUGGGCGUGUGUGUGUGUGUGCCCUUAGAGAGUGGAGGAAAGGUCAGAGCCUUGGUCCAACAUGUGGAUGAGAAACCAACUGAGAAACAGCUGAGUUUAUGGUUAGAUAAGGAACGCAGUUGCAAUGGCACUGAGAAAAGAACAAACAAAAAAAAAAAACAUGUUGACUGUAACUAAUUCAGGUCUAUUUUGUAUAAAAAAAAGAAGUAGAA